AGCCACAAGGGCAAGCGAAGGAGAACCAGAAGAUGGGACAGGCGGUCUACCUUGGCCUCUGCCUCCUGGGCUGCCUCAUCUUUAACCCUGUGGUGGAAGCUUCCAGCAGCGGCGAGGGCCCGUCCGCUACCCAGCCUGGUCCAACCCCUUGCACCAGCGGCAUGCUAGGCCCCACCACCGACCAAACAUCUGGACUCCAGAGCAUCACGACCGCCAUUGAGUCGCUGGAGGGCCGAAUGAUGAACACCUUGAACAGCGUCCAGACCCACCUGCGCACCGUGGGAAGGAUACUGCUGUAUCAAGGCCGACGGCUUCAGGCAGUGGAGAGGAGAGUGCGCGGCUUGGAGCAGCAACAGGCAGCCACGCACUCAAGUGCUGGUAAUGGCACAGUGGAUGGCCGAGCUCGGUGCCCUGCUGGCGUUCUUUUCUACAAACAGUUCUGCUACCAAUUUAUCAGCAGCUACGUCCCCUGGCAUCGUGCAGAGGUCAGAUGUCAGGAACUGCAGUCUGGACCUGAGUCUCACCUGGUUUCUAUUCUUUCUGCAAGAGAGGGGAGAAUAGUUGCCUCCUACCUGAGCAACAAGGGGAUUAGCGACAUCUGGAUCGGCCUGGAGGCUACACGCAGCAAUGGGUACAUGGUCUGGGAAUGGAGCGAUGUCUCCCCUCUCAGUUUGCCUCUCUGGGACGGCCGCACCCUCAGCAGCGCGAUUUCUGCCAAAGAAUGUGUCUGUAUGACCAACAUCCGGAACACAAUUAACCAGAAAUGGCUGCAACGUGCCUGUACUGACACCCUGCCCUUCCUCUGCAAGUACAGGGCUGACUAUUAGCCCUUGAGUACCUGCCCAGCAUCCAAGAUGGAAAAGCAAGAUGCCCCUUCUACGUCCACGGAGGAUUCAGCCCGUUUGAACGAUGUCUCCAGUUUUUGGAUGCUGCCAUUUCAGUUCCAGUACCUUUCUCUUCACCUGAAAGAGCCACUCCCAAAUUUCAUCUGCAACGUCCCCUUUCCCAGACCACUACCUACACCCCCCCUUCCCCUAUUCUCUUGGCUGAGAGCAGAAGCCCAGAACUCUUCCAAGUCAAAUCCAACAUCAAAGUCUUUCCCCUGAGUUUGGAAAUUUUCUCUGUUUUCUAUCCAAACUGUACCCCCUGGUGGUGAAGCAUAAAAAUGUCUGCGCACACAACAUUCCUCUAGGUGGUUGUUGUGGGUUUUCCGGGCUGUAUUGCCGUGGUCUUGGCAUUGUAGUUCCUGACGUUUCGCCAGCAACUGUGGCUGGCAUCUUCAGAGGUGUAGCACCAAAAGACAGAGAUCUCGAGAGAUCUCUGUCUUUUGGUGCAUUGCCUCUGAAGAUGCCAGCCACAGUUGCUGGCGAAACG